CUCUCUCUCUGUCACCCCACAUGGAAGAGGAAAUUUAGUUUAGAAAUUUAGUAUUCUAGGUGGGUGUGUCGGCGUGCUAUAAAUCCCACGUGCCGUUUCUCCAGGUGUCACAACGGGAAUUAUUUUCACUGGAUUUACAGGUUGUCCCGCUGCUUUUUCGUGUGCUACUAUGACAAUGACGUUCCUCACAAACCUAGCACUCCUGUUAUUUUUGGCGUGCAUGUCACAACAGUUUAUAGCGGCAAACUGUCAGAAAGGCCAAGCCAGAAAAGGAAAAACUGAUGGAAAAGAUAAAGAAAGGAUACAAAAGGAAGGUGAACUAAAGACCCCUGUCCUCUCUCCAGUCAAGGACAGCAGUCACAAAUCUCCGAACAGAAGUGUUUUGAAGGGGAAAUUCUCCACAAAAAAUCACACGCACUGCACCUGGGUAGCUACAGGCGACGAUGCUUUCACGCUUGGAAUCAGCUGCAAAAAAGACGAAAAGAGUUUUGAUUGUGAAUAUUCCGCCAAACCGUCCUUGUGCCCGCAGUACGAGUCAAAUUCGAAAAUGUACUGGAAGCAGAUUGCUAGAGCGUUAAGAAAACAAAGGAAAUUGUGCGUUCACACCACUUCAUUGAUUCGAGCAGGUAUGUGUAGAAAAGCUCCUAGCGAUGCACAUUUCAAACUCAACAGCAUAGGUAUGCCUACCCCGCCUUCAUCUCUGCCGCAGCCGUCAGGUUUAAGAGCUUGUCCUGAUCGGGUUGAUAAGCGAAAACUGGCGGAGGACUAUUGCAACCAAUCCUGGUCCAGUUUUUGUACUUUCUUUUUCUCCAUGGUCCAGAGUGAUGAUUGCUGAGGUUAAAUUACAAAGACUGUGAACGUAAUUCUUACUCUUUAUUGUUCAUUGAAAGUUCAAUGACAAGAGUGGUUGCUGAAUGGCUUCAGUGUUUUUUCUCCACGCCGCUUUCUGACAUUUGUCUACUGAAUUGUUGUUUUCUUUAAAGAUACUUAUAUAAUAAAUAAAAUUU